CCGCCCUUGGUCCUCCCGGCCGGCAGGCGGCGCCCUGUCCGGUACGGCGCGGUGCCCGUGGCCGCUCCUGGAAGCGGAAGCGGAAGCGGCAGCAGCGGCCCGGCGGGGCGGCUCGGCAGCAGCGCCGCCGCGGAGCUCCAAACAUGCAACAUGGCAGCAGCCAUGGAAACUGAACAGCCGGGCCUGGAAAUCUUUGAGACUGCAGGUCAUGAGGAGCAGGUCCCGAGGGAGGAGCAGCCAAAACUGGAACCUUUCUAUGUAGAGAGGCAUUCCUGGAGCCAGCUUCGGAAACUGCUCACAGAUACACGGAAGUAUCAUGGAUACAUGAUGGCAAAAGCCCCUCAUGACUUCACCUUUGUGAAGAAAAAUGAUCCUGAAGGACCGCAUUCCGAUAGGAUCUACUAUCUGGCAAUGUCUGGGGAGAACAGGGAGAACACUCUCUUCUACUCUGAAAUUCCCAAAACCAUAAACAAAGCUGCCGUCCUGCUGCUUUCCUGGAAGCCUCUUCUGGAUCUUUUUCCGGCCAUCCUAGACUAUGGGAUGUACUCCCGGGAAGAGGAGUUGCUGCGGGAGAGGAAGCGGAUCGGCACUGUUGGGAUCGCCUCCUAUGAUUACCACAGAGAGAGCGGCACCUUCCUGUUCCAGGCGGGGAGUGGGAUUUAUCAUGUGAAAGAUGGAGGCCCCCAUGGAUUCACCCAACAGCCUUUAAGACCCAUUCUGGUAGAGACCAGUUGUCCAAAUAUCCGGAUGGAUCCCAAGCUUUGUCCAGCUGAUCCAAAUUGGAUUGCAUUUAUCCAUUGCAAUGACAUCUGGAUAUCUAAUAUAGAAUCCAGGGAAGAAAGGAGGCUGACGUUUGUGCACAAUGAACUGGCCAAUGUUGAGGAGGAUCCAAAAUCUGCUGGCGUGGCUACUUUUGUGCUGCAGGAGGAGUUUGACAGAUACACUGGCUACUGGUGGUGCCCAAAGGCACAGCCCACACUGGAUGGGGGUAAAGUUCUUCAAAUUCUUUAUGAAGAAAACGAUGAGUCAGAGGUAGAAAUUAUCCAUGUCACAUCACCCAUGCUGGAGACAAGAAGAACAGAUUCCUUCCGGUACCCCAAAACUGGUACAGCAAAUCCAAAGGUCACUUUCAAGAUCUCUGAAGUGACAAUCAAUGCAGAAGGCAGAAUUGCAGAUGUUGUGGAUAAAGAGCUAGUUCAGCCCUUCGAGAUCCUCUUUGAAGGAGUAGAGUACAUUGCUAGAGCUGGGUGGACGCCAGAAGGAAAAUACAUCUGGUCCAUCUUGCUGGAUCGCUCCCAAACUCGGCUUCAGAUAGUCCUGAUCCCUCCUGCAUUAUUCAUCCCCACAGAAGAUGAUGCAAUGGAAAGACAGAAACUUAUUGAUGCUGUACCAGAUUCUGUUACACCUUUCAUUAUUUAUGAAGAAACAACAGACAUCUGGAUAAAUAUCCAUGAUAUCUUCCAUGUCUUCCCUCAAAGCCACGAAGAUGAGAUAGAGUUCAUUUUUGCCUCCGAGUGCAAAACGGGCUUCCGGCACCUGUACAAGGUGACGUCGGUUCUGAAGGAGAGCAAGUACAAACGGUCCUGUGGGAGCCUCCCUGCUCCAAGUGACUUCAAGUGCCUCAUCAAAGAGGAGAUAGCAAUUACCAGUGGAGAAUGGGAAGUGCUUGGCAGACACGGAUCCAAUAUCUAUGUGGAUGAAGCCAAAAAACUGGUGUACUUUCAAGGCACAAAAGACUCACCUCUGGAGCAUCACCUGUACGUUGUUAACUACGAGAACCCCGGGGAGGUGAAGCGCCUGACAGAGCGCGGUUACUCGCACGCCUGCUGUGUCAGCCAGGACUGUGACAUGUUCAUCAGCAAGUACAGUAAUCAGAAGAACCCCCACUGUGUGUCACUGUACCGGCUGACAGGAUCAGAAGAGGAUGCAGCUCAUAGGACAAAGGAAUUCUGGGCUACCAUUUUAGAUUCAGCAGGUCCUCUUCCUGAUUACAUUCCCCCUGAAGUGUUCUCCUUUGAGAGCUCCACAGGGUUCACACUGUAUGGAAUGAUGUACAAACCCCACAACCUGCAGCCUGGGAAGAAGUACCCCACAGUGCUCUUCAUCUAUGGAGGCCCUCAGGUACAGCUGGUGAACAACCGGUUUAAAGGAAUCAAGUACUUCCGACUGAACACCUUGGCCUCUUUAGGCUAUGUUGUGGUUGUUAUUGACAAUAGGGGCUCCUGCCACCGAGGGCUGAAGUUUGAAGGAGCCUUUAAAUACAAAAUGGGACAGAUAGAAAUCGAUGACCAGGUGGAAGGGCUGCAGUAUUUGGCAUCACAGUACGACUUCAUCGACUUGGAGCGUGUGGGCAUUCACGGCUGGUCCUAUGGAGGCUACCUCUCCCUAAUGGCUUUAACACAGAGGUCAGAUAUCUUCAGGGUGGCCAUAGCCGGAGCCCCCGUCACGCUGUGGAUUUUCUACGACACGGGGUACACGGAGCGCUACAUGGGCCACCCGGAGCACAACGAGCAGGGCUACUACCUGGGAUCCGUGGCCAUGCAGGCUGAGAAGUUUCCUUCUGAACCAAACCGUUUGCUGCUGCUACACGGAUUCUUGGAUGAGAACGUUCACUUUGCACACACCAGUAUUUUGCUCAGCUUUUUGGUGAGAGCUGGGAAACCCUAUGACCUACAGAUCUACCCUCAGGAGAGACACAGCAUCAGGGUCCCUGAGUCGGGGGAGCACUACGAGCUGCACCUGCUCUAUUACCUGCAGGAGAACCUGGGCUCUCGCAUUGCUGCCAUGAAGGCCAUGUGACUGACCUCAGAGCUCUGCUCCACAGCUGCUCUCCGGACAGGGAGGUGUAGGAAACUAGAGAGAGUAGAAUGGAACAUUGCUUUCUGGUGCCUGCCACACGUACACACCCUCACAGACACUUUUUUAAAAGUCAAUUUGGUGCCAUACGGGAAAUUAAAGUACGGUGAUCUAAUAACUUUAGUUAUUAAACUUUAAGUUUAAGCUGUAAAUAAAAUCCAAUGUCUGUGGUAUAAUACAGUACCAUGGGUGUUCUCUUGGGGGACGAGCUGAAACUGAAUAUAACGUACUUCUACAGCACCAGAUCUUCACUUUUUAGAAGAAUUAUGGCAUAAUUGAUGUAUUUUUACAGUGUGUUCCUUGGUAUCUUAUUACAUUAUACUGGAUGAUUUACUCACUACACAGCAAGAAUUUACCUGAAUGGUUACAACUUUUAUUAAUUUUAAAUGCUAUCAUAUAGCUUUUAUGCUUUGUGAAAGGGAUGUGUCUCACUCCUUAGAAGGUGGUCACAAGUUGGACACAUCCCCUGUCUAGAUGUUAAUUGUUUUUAAAGAAGAAAGACUUUUAAGCUGCCUCUUAACAUAUUUAAAGUUUGGAUUCAGAUCAGUUGAUGCCAGGUUCUUUGAUUCCUUCUCCCGUAGGAUGAAUCAUUCUCUUUUCUUCCAACAGCUUGAGAACCUAUCCUGAUUGUACUUGAUUUCAGUGGAGAAGUGAAUUGAUACUUUACUGUGAUAUGGACAUAACAAUCUUUUAUUCUGAGGUGCAAACUAACUUAAGUUAAAAAUCAGAAACUGUAAACUUUUAAACAAGCUUCAGAGUGCAUCCUGUUGAGAUUUUUCCCUGAUGUUCACUCUGGAGCUGGGUUUGCAAUACUCCUUCCUCACCCUCACAUCAGCAUGAUAUGUAUGCAUCCUGUUACAAUGUAGAAAUUCAAUACUCUAAUUCCAAGGUCUGCAGAGUAUGUGUGGGGAGACCUUACAUGUGAGGCAAUAUGAGCUGUUCUGUUGAACUUCCUCAUGUAUGAGGGGCUAUUUCCCAGGCUCAUGCCCUGUCCAGUCCCCUAUUCCUGGGUCCUUUCUAGCACUACUGUGCAUGAUGAUGAUGAUGAUGAUGCUUUGAGAACCCCUUUCUGUACAGCUUCAGGUAACCCUCAAGGAAUUGCAAUCCCAGGUGUGUUUUUGCUACUGAGGUUUUAACUAAGCAGCAGGCUUGGCUGAAAAGCAUAAGUGUGUGAAGGCACUUUUAACUGGCAACAGGUAAUUUAGGAUAGAAAUCCAUAGAAAAUUGUUCUCUUUAAUCCAGAAAAUUCUCCCUUUGCAACUUGCCUCUGAGACUCUGAUAAGUUUUAAUGGUUAAAGAACUUCCUUUUCUUUCUGUUUUGGUCCUAGAGAGAAGCAGAGCAUGAUUUUCUUUUCAUCUGCUGAAAAUCUGGAGUCAGUCUUUAGGCUCUUAGAACUCCACAUGUUGUAACCUUGUACUUUCCUUGAUUUUGUACUGUUCAGCUUGAUCCCAGAACUCUGGGAUUUAGCAGAGUCUGGCUGUAUCGGAUCAAACUGCAUCAUUUUUCAGUUUAACCGAGGGGAGCUGGGCAGUUGCAUGGUUGUAAAAGCCGUGUGUGAGAACAGGAUCUGGUUUUUGGGAUGCACAAAGGAGCCAAAGCCAACAGGCUGCAGGGAGUUUCCUCCGCAGUGGGGAGCCUUGGUUGGGGCUGCUUGCUGGUUUUCAGAUGGCGCUGGUUACAAGUGGAUCAGUUAAAACACCACUAGCAGGUCAAUAACGGGUUGAUUUUGGGAAGGGUGAGGCAGAGAAGGAGCCCAGCCCCAGGAAUGUCUUCUCUUAAUGUCUUCUCUUAGCGGUUAAUUGUGUCUGAAGCAAAGGCAGUGUCGAAAGAGGAGCACAGGUGCAACACAACAGUGGGUAGAGACAAAAAGAAGCUGUUCCUCUGGAAUUCCAUUGUGUUCCCAACGUGUUUAUGCUGUAUUAUAUAUACAUAUAUCUAUAUCUGUUCAUAUAUACAUAUAUGUAUAGAAUUACCCAUGGAUAGUAUUCACCUUUUCCAAGGUUGUUUAUAUUUUGUUCAAUAUUAAAUUAACUUGCUUUUUUGGGGUGUUUUUGUUCUUUUUCUAGAGGUGAUUACCCUUGAAUGUAAAUGUAUAUGAUUUUUAAGAUGAAAUUGAUCCUUUUGUUUAAAAAACAGAACAAAAAUGGCCUUCAUCAAACAGUGCUUUUUUGGGGGACUGAAGAACUAAACAUUACAUGAGUAAACUGGGCUGGGUUUGGAUUUAAGGCAGGAUGUGAUUAUAAGUGCUGACAUAGAAUUUUUAAUAAUGCAUCCUUCCACUGUUUGAAAUAUAUACAUCAAAAAGCUAUUAAAGUACAAUAUACUGUAACUGCUCUGUUUUGCAACAUAAAUUAUGGAUUCUUUCUUUCCUACCA